UACCAGAGCUGACACACACUCCCGUGUCCUUUUUACACAGCUGAAGCUUUUCACAAGUUUCCACUUGUGGUUUAUGUCCACCCCUACGCAGCAGCGUAGACAACCACCAACCACAGCAGAUGCAGUGACAGCAGCAUUAAAUUUGUUCCAGUGAUGAUAACCAAAGUGACAACCAGCAUGCUCUUUAUCACAGUGAAAUUAUUAGGAUGUUACCAUUGCCACAGAUUCAAGGAAUCACAGCAUUAAAUGUCUUUGUGGUUUUAGUUAAUGACAACACCUCCCUCUAAAUCAAUUAAUAAAUGACUGAAGUGCUGUUUGGUUUGUGAGUUAAUGUGUACACUGGGCGUUGUAAGACUGAGAUUAUGUCUACACAGUUGGAGCCACCACCUUCAUCAAACACUAAUGCUGGUAUUACCCGAUCUUUUGAACCAUGUUUUAUCACUGGUUCCAAAACCCAUUUUUCAAAAGGUAUAAAAGGAGUCCCCUCUCUCCUCCUCCACUCCUGACACAUCUGUUGUUCUGCUCACCUGUGCAGCUCCUCUCUUUUUACCGUACUGACCACCCUCUCAAGCAGCAACCAUGACCCAGCUAGAGACAGCCAUGGCCCUCCUGAUGAAGACCUUUGAUACAUACGCUGCCAGCGAGGGUAAUAAGGACACCCUGUCCAAAGUCGAGGCCAAGGCUCUGCUGGAGAAGGAGAUGCCUGGACUGCUGAAGGCAGCGAAAAACCCAGACGAGGUGGACAAGCUGCUGAAAGGUCUGGACUUUAACGGAGACUCUGAGAUCGACUUCAACGAAUUUGUGGUGCUGGUAGCUGCUCUGACCUGCGCCUGCCACAACCGCAAUCCCAAGAAGUGAGCAGAUUGACCGCACCCUCGGGUGGUGCCAAAUGGUGGCAACAGGACCACAAAAUCCUUAUAGUAACUGUUUUUUGAAUAAAGUAAUUUACCUCCCUG